UUUCCUUUUUCGUUUCUAGGGUUCUCUCUCCUCUCUUCUCUCUCUCACAAUAUAUAAUCUCUCUUUCUCUCUCUCUCCGAAUCCAAAAUACAGAGCUUGGCUGAAAGAGAGGGAAAAAUAAAAUAAAAAACCGAUCUUUGGCUGCUCUUUUUUUUUUGUUGGUUUCUCUCCGUACAUUCUCACCGCCGGUGUUUUGCGAGCAGAUGGAGGGACGCGCGGCUGAAGAUGUGUUUAAGGACUUUAGGGGAAGAAGAGCUGGUCUCAUCAAAGCUCUCACUACUGAUGUACGCAAGUUUUACGAUAAGUGUGACCCUGCCAAUGAAAACUUGUGUCUCUACGGACUUCCAAAUGGGUCGUGGGAGCUUAAUCUUCCUGUCGACGAGGUCCCUCCUGAGCUUCCUGAACCAGCUCUUGGCAUCAACUUCUCAAGGGACGGUAUGCCAGAGGAAAACUGGGUCUCUUUGAUUGCUGUUCACUCUGACUCUUGGCUCAUCGCUGUUGCCUUCUACUUUGGUGCUCGUUUCUCUUUUGAUAAAAACGAGAGGAUGAGGCUGUUCAAGAUGAUAAAUGAUCUCCCAACCAUUUUCGAGGUUGUAACUGGCAACGCAAAGCAAUCCAAGGAUCAGUCUGGUAACAGUGGCAGAAGCAAGUCUGGUGGUGUCAAGGCUCGCCAAUCUGAAUCUCAGACUAAGGCUGCAAAGAGAUCCCCCCCACCACCAUCAAGAGAAGAAAGUGAGAGCGGAGAUGAUGAUGGGGAGGAAGGCGAGGGGCAAGGUGAGUUUUGUGGGGUCUGUGGAGAGAGCGAUGAUGGAGAAGAGGAGUUCUGGAUAUGGUGUGAUACUUGUGAGAAAUGGUUCCAUGGAAAAUGCGUCAAGAUCACACCUGCAAGGGCUGAGCACAUCAAACAUUACAAAUGCCCUUCUUGCUGCGGUUCCAACAAGAAACACAGAGCUUGAAACAGUUGCAUUUGAUUGUGUAGUCUGAAUGUGAUUGAAACUACAGUUAGUAAUGUCUCUUUUUUUUUUCUUGUUGAUCUUUACUGUUAUUAUCAAAAUGCUGUGACUAAUUUUGUCUUGUGAUUCUUAUAAAAAUUAUGUCUUUAAAGGA